GACGACUUCUCUGGCGCAGCUCAGCAUGCUGCGUCUGAAUACGGUAGCGGCGGUGACUCCAGCCUGUUUACCAGUGCUCUUGGUAUGCUGGCUGGCAACAAGAACAGCUACCAGAAUGAGAGUGUAGACGAAGAUGAUGCGGUCAAGCAGCAUGAGAAGUUCUAUGGCAACGGUGGCAGCGGAGGUGGUCAAGCCAGCUCGAACAAUGUUGGCGCUGCUGCCGCUAUGCAGGCAUUGAAGAUGUUUAACAACAGCAGUAAUGAGGAUGCUAAGGGUGGUCAGAACAAGUUCAUCGGCAUGGCCAUGGGCCAGGCUGCCCAGCUGUUUGAUAAGCAACAGAGCCAGGGCAACACGGACGCUAGCGCUACCAAGCAAGAUGCCAUUGUUCAGGCCGGAAAGUUUGCACUCCAGUUCUACAUGAAGUCACAGAUGGGUGGCGGAAGUGGCGGAAGUGGCGGCGGCUCUGACAGCGCUCUUGGUGGUGUGUUGAACAUGGCCAGCAAGUUCAUGUCAAAGUAA